UAAUUUCAGGGUGGACUUCCCCUUUAAGUAUAUAUCUCUAUGGUUCGAUCCAAUGCCAAGCUCUCUUUCCUUCCCAGAAUUCCUUAGUCGUCCUUUCUUCCGCUGAAGCCAAGAUGAAGGUUGAGCUGUGUAAUUUUAGUGGACUCAAAAUCCAUCCUGGCCAUGGCCGUCGAUAUGCAAGAAUCGACGGAAAGGUCUUCAAUUUCAUCAAUGGAAAGUGCAAGGCCUCAUUCAUGAUGAAGCGCAACCCGCGUCGCGUCAACUGGACGGUUCUCUACCGCCGCAAGAACAAGAAGGGUUCCCAGGAGGAGAUCACCAAGAAGAGGACACGCAGGACCACCAAGUACCAGCGUGCCAUCGGUGGAUCUUCCCUGGCUGAUAUCAUGGCCAAGAGGAACCAGAAGCCAGAGGCCAGGAAAGCCCAGCGUGAACAGGCCAUCAAGGUUGCCAAGGAAAAGACCAAGGCCAAGAAGGCUAUGAAGAAGUCUACAGCUCCACCCAAGGCGAGGGCAGGCGCCAAAAGCAAGGCACAACAGAAGGUGAAGUCAGCAGCACCACGUAUUGGCGGAAAGCGAUGAGCACAUUGGAGUUGGAGUAAAAAAAAAGUGUACAGGUUGCCGGAGUGAAUAAAUAAUUCCAUCUGCAAUGCA